CUUCUGGUAGGUUAUUAGGAAAGAUCGAAACUUUUUGGAUUCCCUGAAAUUGGGUGAAAGAUGGGUAACGCUCUUACGUUUCUCUACGGAAAAUGCUGCAAACCCACAACGACCGACGACUCUCUCGGUCCUCACGGCGUCUCCGCCGCCACCGUCGGUGUUUCAGCUCUCGCUCACGAUCUUUUCAACUUCGAGAUCACUUCCCAGGUUCCUGAAGGGCUUGGGAGGUAUGUUCAGUCGUCUAGAAAAGCUCAAGCAAACUGGUAUAGAAAAAUACUUGAGGCAUGGAAGCAAGCAAAACCUCCACCACAGACAGCAGAGGAAGCUUCUAGGCUUGUCAUUGAGAUCUUAAAAAGGAAUCAGAAAGCUGAUGUUGAGGUGGAUCCAAAAGCUGUGGCAGAUGGAGACACCAUCACAGUGUAUGUCAGUACUUCAGAGCCGGUAGUGUCAUCUUCUGUUCCAAGGGAAGUCAAUCUUGCAGCGGUUCAAAGAGCAAAAGCACGUGAGAAGAGAAAUUAUCCAAAAGCAGACGAACUUCACCAAAAGAUCAUUGAUUCUGGUUACAGGGUACUAAAUAUUGAGAAUGAGGAAGUGCUUGCUCGGAAAUUCAGAAUUAGACUAAGGGGAAUAGAUGCACCAGAGAGCCAAAUGCCAUUUGGGAAAGAGGCACAACAAGGGCUCCUUAAGAUUGUUGGAAGGAAAAGCUUGAAAGUGUUAGUUUAUGGAGAAGAUCAAUAUGGGCGAUGCGUAGGUGAUUUAUACUGCAAUGGGAUUUUUGUCCAGGAGGCAAUGCUAAAGAAAGGGCUUGCUUGGCAUUACUUUGCUUAUGACAAGCGCCCGGUUCUCGCAAAGGCAAGACUAGUAGAGUUUGUUUUGUAUAUACUACAAAUCUCUUUCGUUUGUUGGCAUAGUGAUUUUGAGUAUUUAUGUGAAAUCAAUCAGUGGGCUUCUUCCAAUCCAGAGAAGCCAUGGGACUGGAGAAAGAAUAAUAGGCGUGAGUAGUCAAGCUACUCUGUUUAAUCGAAAACACAAACGCAGUAAUCAACGUUUAAAACAAUUAAGGUUUGUGAUUGUUGAGGGGUUUUCUAUAAUUCCUCAAUCCCAUUAUGUUGUAAGAUGUGUGUAAAUGGUGUGUGUGCAUUCAUCCUAUGUUUGAU